AUGGGGCUGGAGAAACGAACCAUCAAGAUCAUUCUUAUAGUUGCUGCUGUGGUCCUUGUUAUCGGUGCUAUCAUCGGCUUGCUACUUGGCCUGCUACUGCCGCAGCGUUAUGUCGAGCUGGAGGUCUGGCCUCGUUCUGAAGAGUACAACUGGGAGCAGCCUCUGAUCCAGGUGAGGGGCAAUGACCCCGGCAGCUGGCACAUCUGGUACCAGCGACUCAAUGAUUUCCUCAGAGUUUACGAGACCUCUAUUCCUGAGGACCCUCCUCGAGCUCCGUGCUCGGUCCACAACCGACGGGAUCAGCACCUUCGAUCCGACGCUUGUGACAUGGCCAUGAGGCUGUGGCACCCCUGCACCGCCGAUGACUUCUACGGAUACGCCAUGGGGAAACCUUGUAUCUUUCUUAGACUGUCUCAUAUCCACUACUGGGUACCGGAGCCAUACAAUAUGACGAUGCCGAUGUCCAUACCUCCUGACAUGCCACAGCACAUACGGGAAGCGAUGCGUCAUCGCCCUGCCAACCAAUACGGUGACUUCGUGUGGGUAUCCUGUGGAGGGGAGUUCAGCGCUGACAAGGAGAACAUUGGCCCUAUCCAGUACAUCCCUGCGGAGUACCCACCAGGGUUCCCUCUUAGCAGACUGCAUACAGCUGACCGUAUUCCCUACUCGGCCAGGAACAUGCCUGACCAAGUCCCUGGCCCUCUGAUCGCCGUCCAUUUUGAAAACCCACGACGUUAUGGUUUGACGACACCAAAGACAGUUACCAUGGAUGUAGAUCCUCCUAAGGCGCCAGAAGUUCCUAAAAUUUUGCCAGUAGUGGACACUGUGACAACGGAAGCUCCCGUACCGAGCUCGUCAGCAACAGCAGCACCCACAACUCCAGCGCCUACCACUCCAGCUCCAACGCCGGCACCUACGCCAGCACCUACACCAGCACCUACACCUGCUCCCACGCCGGCGCCUACUCCUGCACCUACACCUGCCCCAGCUCCCACUCCUGCGCCUACACCUGCUCCCCUCCCCGCCCCUGACCAGGGAUCAUGGGCUUACACUGACGAAAAGAGCAAUGUGACCUGCAUUGUGACACAAUUUGCAGCCCAACUGAAUGUCACAUACACCAAGAUAGUGGAGAAUGCUACAUCCCUAUGGUACGUGAGGUUCAACGUUCCCGCCAACGCGUCAGUCCUCAAUGGCAGCUGUUCUGAUCCCGACCAGUGGAUCCAGAUCACGUGGAAGACCAACGAGAACAGCAUGAUCAACAACACCAUGACCCUCGUCUACCACGAGAAUGCCACAACAAAGAACUACGGACUGAAAAGCCUGAACCUUACCCUGACUCCUGAUAACUUCGUCAAUGGAUCUAAGGACGCGAUUGAAUUAUACCACGGAUCGGAGUGGGUCACUCCUCUGGCUACUUCGUACCGCUGCAAGUCUGCCACCCAGCUUAACUUGACUUCCGAGUCUCUUAGCGCUGUGGCCGUGCUUACACUGUCACGUCUCCAAGAAGAAGCUUACCGUACCACCGCUGGCAGUGGAUUCAGUGCUGCCCGCGACUGCGGCGGCGGUGACGUCCCCGACGCGGUGCCCAUUGCUGUGGGCUGCGCGCUUGGUGGACUGGUGGUGGUCGUGCUGAUAGCCUACCUGGUGGGCCGCCGGUAUUCCGCCUCCCGCGGGUACCUCUCUAUGUAGACUGCAAGAUGUUAGCCGCACAGCGAUUCGGCGGGAGUAGUCAAUAUAUGAAGAUAUAGAAAACAGAUAUACAUUGUUUGCAUCGCAUUUACCCACACAGGUCCCUACUUAACCCUUUAUUUCUAUUGUAUUGUCAUCUCAGUUACUGGCUUAAAUAUUAAAGUAAUUAUCCUUAAAAGCUGGGCUUUAAAAACUAAGGAUAUUUCUAAUAUCCGGUCAAUGUGAGAUUAUCAAAACUAAAUACGUAUUUUUUUUUCUUUGCCCAAUGUCAAUGUUGACGGCAACUUCCACAUUGACCACAUAAUCGUGUGGUUACACUAUUUUCAAGUUGAAUUCCAAAUAUUGGCUUUAGUGUUGAAAUAGCGAGCAGAUAGUGUAUAGUAAAUUUUGCUCAAAAUUUUAAACAAUUAUUCCAUGUCUGAUUGAUUCCGGUAUUGUUUUAACAAGGGUUUACGAUUUUUUAUUUUGUACUCUAAAUGGUUGCAUUCGCGAACUGACCAUAAUGUAACCGAAGUUCUAAAUAUUUUUUCUCAAAAAGUUUCUAUUUCCUAAGCCAUUGUUGUUUUCGGCCAUAAUAGCGUAAAAUAAUAAUAAAAAAUUAAACGACAUAGAUACAGUAACAUUGUAAAAAUGUGAUUUAGUAGUAAUUAUAAUAUUGUGUGUAUAGAAUAGUAUUUUUUGUUUGUCAAAAUUUCGCAAUAAUUAUUUUAUUUCUCAGUUUUUUCGUAGACUUUUUAUAUUAUUAUGUGCUUUGUUUAGUCCAAAGAUUUUAUUUUCAUUUCAGUUAUAUGCACGUAUAACUAAACACGUAUAUGUAUAUGGGGUCAAUUUAUUGUCAAAUGUCCAUAAUAUCCAUAAAUAUUAUAAACAAUCAGUUUAGAUACAGUUAGUCGAUAAUAAAAUGAAUGCAGUGUCUUUCUUUUAUUAGAAUUUAGUAUUCAGACUAUUUUAAGUGUAACAUUAAAGCUGGACAAUGUCAUUGCUACAUUUGUGCUUAUCUGUGGUCACUGGUGUUGCCAUUCUUUAAAUUACAUCAUGACACCAAGUACAAUUAAUUUGUCGUGCAAGUUGAGACAACCCAUUCCACCAUACGAGUCUGGCAACAUGGUGAUUACAGAUAAUAUCGAUAUUUCAUCAACAUCGCCAGAGUAUAAAAUAUUCGAAAUGGCAAUGAGUUGCCCAGUGAUGCGGCUACGUUAUUUGCAGUCGACUAUAAUAAAUAACUGAAGACUGCAGGUAACAUACUAGGUGAUGGAGCGAAGGGUAUUGUCGGGAGUCCGGGCGAGGUCUUCUAUGCGGUUGACUUGUAUAAGGUUUAUAUAUUUUAAAAUAACAUUGUAUUUAUGUACAAAGUCACCCGCAUAGCGGACAGAAGGACAACUUACUAAAAUGUGAAAUACUAAAACAAAGCAUUACCUCUGUUUAGUAUGGAAAUAUUCAUGUUUUCGUAAGCCGUGCCGAUUGAUGUACGAUUCGAAAAAGAAAUAAAUGUUUUUUAUUGCCACAGUCGACUUUUAUUUCUCCUCAAAAGCUUGUUACAAUAAAUACGUAUACUAUAUACAACGACCAAAACUAUGUACAAUUAUAACUACUGAACACUUGUUUGUUAAUCAAUAAAUUAUAUUUGUGACAAACAUCGCUCUUUUAUCUAUUAAAGCAAGUCCCUAGUUAUUUACAACAGUACUUAUUACUUGAACGUAAGUGCUCAUAUAAUUAAAUUAAAUAAAACUUAAUUAAAACUAAAGAAGAAUAGUUUCGAGGAAAAACAUUUUUGUGCUGCAAAAAGAUUACUAAUGCGAGCCGUCCAUCCACCCACUGGAUUUCCCACUAUGUUCAAGUUGGUUAAUAAACCCUAAAAGGAGCUCACAUCUUCCAGAGGCGAACAUUUGGCAGAUUUUAUUUUCAUAGAGUAAAACAACACCCAGUAAUUUCCAAUAUAUUAGAAAGAUUUCAUAAACUAAGUUGAUUACUUCUUAAGAGCUAAUAGGCACGGUUCCAUAAUAAAAU